AUGGGGAACGGCGUGUCCCCGGUGGCGGUGCAGCAGGAGCUCGAGGCGCUCGAGACGUACUGCGCGCUCAUGGAGGAGAACCCCUGGAUCGAGCUCACGGGCCGGACCAAUAAGCUGCGGCAGGCGUGCUUCAAGGAGAGCUACAAGCGGAGGAGGGCGGCCGCAGUCAGCGUCAUGGAGAUGGAUCACAUCUACAGCUUUGGCCAGCAGUAUCACCACCACCAGCUGCCUCCGCCGACUAGCAGUGCUGACCGCCAUGGCCAGAGCAGCCGUUUCUUUGGCUACUGA